AUGUCCAAUGCGGCCCUCAGACCCCCCGUCCCCCCCAAGUUCGCCCUCCCUCCCCAGCUCCUCGCCCAUGCAGCCGAUGCCUACCGCCAGCCCGCCCCGCCCCCCUCCCUGCCCCCAGCCCAGAACCUCAUGCGCCACCAGGACCCCUCCCACGAUCCACAAGACAAGCACCGACUCCAGCCGAACGGCGCGGGCGUCGGCGUCGUGCGCUGCCCCGAACAGCGGCCGUGGCAGGAGCGGCAGCGCCAUGCUGGCGAAAAGCUCGCGAGGUUUCAAGAGUGGGAGGUGGAUCAUUUCGUUGGUGAUCUGUCGAUGGUGCUGAGGAAAGAGUAUGACUGCUGGGUAGAACAGUGCUGGCAAGAAGCCUUCCACCACGUCUUCACCCAUACCCUGCCAGAGCUCAUCAUCAACCUCAUCAUGUCGGGCGCAACCCCAACCUUUCUCCGCCGCAACGUCGUCUUUGGCGGACAAUCCCUCGACCAUCUCUUCCAAUCCCAAAUGCUCCACAUCCUAUUUGAAGAGCUCGAACACCGUCUCUGCGGCGACCGUCCCCACGCCGACCCAGGCCCUUCAAAGCCCUCUGCCCCAGCGUCCAAAUUCUCCCCCUUCCCCUUUUCCGCCCCCCCUCCCCCCGCGCCGCCCAUCUUUCGCGAUGGCGUCUGUUUCCACAAUCUCGCAUGCGACCACGGGAUCCCCGAGGAAGAAGACAACCACGGCGCAUGUCUCUGCCAGCUCACCACGUGCAUGGCGUGUUUUGGGCACUAUGCCGUCUAUCGCCGAGGACCGAUCAGCCUGUUACCGCAUGAGCUGUUGAACACGCCUGCAGCGAAGGGGUGGUUGGGAGGGGUCGAAACGGAGGCGCAUGCCCGCGCGCGCCAGGCGUCCUUACGCCGUCAAACGCAGACGACGCAGGCGCUUCCACCAGGUAAAGGGUUUGUGCAGAUGCCUAAACCACAGCCACCGACAGCGACAAGGACGCAGAAUCCGGAUCAGAACAAGGUGCUACCGAAGCCGCCGCAGAUCUUUCCCCAUCCACAGAUGACGGAUGUGUUGGCAGUGGAAGAGCAUCUGAGAUGGAGGUUGAAGGAGUUGGGAGCGGGGGAUAAAGCGGUGGAGAAUCGAUAUGGGCCUUCGGGAAACAAUCCCAUUGCGUUGGAGGGUAUUGGAUUGCCGAAUGUUCAAGAGGAAGUUGAAGAAGAGCCCAAACCCAACACGGCGCCGUCAAAGAAUAUAAAGAUGGCCAAAGUCAAAGGAAAGGGCAAGCUUCGACGCGUCCCAGUGUCGACAAACAAUAUCAAAAAGGAUAAAGACGGCAAGGAGGUGAAAAAGGCGAUCGUCUAUCUGCCGAAAGAGUGGACGGAUGUAGUGGCGUCGGAGAGAAAUACGGCCACUGUUCUUACAUUCCGGCAUUUCGUCAAGCUUCUACAUCAAAUAGCAAUGGCCGCCUCGCCCUUUUCCCAUCCCGACUACCCGACCGACAUUGAAGAGCUCGAGCGUAUGCACCCUGUCGCGCUCUAUCGCCGUCUGGCUGAGCCGGCGGUGGAAAGGCGAUGGGGCGCAGAGGAAGCAAAGGGGUGGAGAGUUUGUAUGGACAAGUGGGGAGAAGAGUUUGGGGGCAAGGAGAGGAAGAAGGGAAACGACGCGUCGUCCGGCAAAGACCACUCCUCCGCCAUCAAACACUACACCCGCGCCAUCUCCCUCGACCCCAAAAAGACAGUCUACUACUCCAACCGGGCCAUCGCCUACAACAACCUCGGUCUUCACGGACACGCCGAGCUUGACUGUACCUUUUUGCUGAGUAAAGACCCAAAGAACGCCAAGGCGCUAUACCAGAGGGCUUUGGGCAGGAAGGGCAUGGGAAGGUGGAGAGAGGCGGAAGGGGAUUUAGAAGAGCUGAUGAGGUGGGGAGAGAGCGAGAGUGCGAGGGCGCUUUUGGCCCAAGUGAGGGAAAAGAGUGAUGGGGAGGUGGUUUAG